AUGCUCUCAACUGACCUAGGCGGCGUCUCGGUUCCGGCGCCGAUCCUGCUUCCUUCCGAUCGACCCCCUGGCUUAUCUAGCUCUCCAGCGAUUGCUGAACCUAAUCAGUUGCUUUUCCCGGUGGCUGCGGUCACCAGUUCCAUUGAUAUGGCUAUUGAUUCUUCUGUUUUGACGGUGCAGGAACGUCCGGUGCAGCUCCCGGUGGGGGGAUCUCAGGCGGGAUAG